CCACUACUAUACUGCAUGUACACUGCUCAUCUUUUCAAUUUCCACCGUACCAUUACUGAACAUAUAUGGCUCUUCAUCAUCAAUUCCUUCUUUCUCUUGCCAUCAUUUUCUUGUUCACCUCAAGCAGUAAUGCUCAAGGUCCAACUUCACCUGGCUACAAACCCAGCACCAAGGUUGGUUCCCUAGGAUUCAACCAGGGUUUUAAGAACCUAUGGGGUCCUGAGCAUCAAUCUCUCGUCCAAGGAACAUUGUCAAUCAGGCUUGAUAAAGCUCAUGGAGGAAGUGGCUUUAAAUCUCUCAAAUCAUAUGCCUCUGGUUAUAUUGGUGCCUCCAUGAAGCUCCAUCCUGGUUAUACUGCUGGAGUUGUUACAUGUCUCUAUCUUUCGAACACAGAACAACAUCCAACAGACCAUGACGAAAUCGACAUUGAGUUCCUAGGAACGACGCCGGGUAAGCCAUACACCUUCUCGACUAAUGUGUACAUGAAAGGAACCGGAGAUGGCAAAAACACUCUCGGACGUGAAGUCGGAUUUAACCUUUGGUUUGACCCCACCAAAGAUUUUCACCAUUAUGCUAUCCUUUGGAAUCCUUCAGAGAUCAUAUUUUUCGUGGACGACGUUCCAAUCAGACACUAUCCGAAGAAGAGCGCAACAACAUUCCCAGAAAGGGCAAUGUAUGUAUACGGAUCGAUUUGGGAUGGAUCGUCAUGGGCGACGGAGAAAGGGAAGUACAAGGCUGAUUAUAAAUACGAACCCUUUAUUGGGCAGUACAAGGAUUUCAAGGUUAGUGGUUGCGCGGAGAAAGCUUUGGCCGCGUGCAAGCCAAUUCCCGGCUCCCCCACAGGCUCGACCGGGCUGAGCAAACAGCAAAUUGCGGCCAUGGCAUGGGUGCACAAGAGCCAUAAAGCGUAUGAUUAUUGUCAGAACCUCAGUAGAGACCGCGCCAAAACACCCGAGUGUUAGAAGCUCUUGAGAUGAGCUCGACUUGCCAUGAAUA